CCUCUCUUUCUCAAUUUCUCUCUCCUCUUCUCACCUUCUUUGUUUUCAUUUCUCUCUUUUUUGAAAGCAGAGAAACCAAAAAAAAGCAGAAAAUAAAAACUGAAAAACCCAUAAACACCAAACUCUCUUAGUCAUGGUUUCCACCCGUCGUAGUGGAUCUAUCUCUUCUAACAACACCACCAACAACAAUAACAACGCCACCAACAACAGUACCAGUAGUACCAGCAACGACAACAACACCACCAACAACAAGAGCAACGUUGCUGGGAUUAACAGCAACGGUAACGGAAAUGGAAAAAGAUCGUCUUCUUCAGCUGAUGAGAUUAAACCUCCGUCACCUAAACGUUUGAAGGUUGAAAAUGGGGUUACGUCGGAGAAAUCAUCGGAAAUUCCAGAAAUUUCGAAAGAAAUGUGUACUUCUCUGCCACCAGUAGAUCCCCUUUUGCCGCCGGAAUUUGAGAUUUAUAGCGGUGGUGGUGUAGAGGAUGUUAGUUCCGUUAAACCCGAGGAAGUCGAUACUGGUGCCGCCGCUGCCCCUUCUGCUCCUGCUUCAUCACCUUCGGUCGCUGCAGGGAAUACGCCGGUUGUGGUUGAGCAGCCGAGGAACUCGUUUUCGCCAGUGAGGAUUUAUCAGAAGCAAAGCUUGGGUUUAGAGACGUCCACUACUCCUUGGUGUAGGCUCUUGUCACAGUACGCUCAGAAUCCGACUUUAAGUGUAUCAGCGCCUAUCUAUACAAUUGGUUCAAACAGACAAUGUAACUUAGUCCUAAGAGACCAAACAGCGAGCGGGAUUCUAUGCAAAAUUAAACAUACUGAGCGUGAAGGCUGCAUGAUUGCUGUUCUUGAAAGCACAGGAAGCAAGGGAGCUGUGUUAGUUAAUGGGAUGAGUGUUAAGAAGAAUACUACUCGUCUUUUGCAUUCUGGGGAUGAAGUGGUUUUUGGUGUGGCUGGAAGUCAUGCUUAUAUAUUCCAGCAACUUGUGGAUGUUACUGUUAAGGCACCUUCAUCAAUAGGAAAUACAGAUGUUCAGAAUGUUGUUGGAAAGUAUUUUGUUGAAAAAAGAUCAGGGGAUCCUUCGGCAGAGGCUGGAGCUUCUAUAUUGGCAUCUCUUUCAACUUUGAAGUCAAAUCUGUCUCGUUGGAGGUCUUCAGGUCUGAGCACUCCUAAAACGUAUCAAGAUAGUGAGCUUUCUACACAUGCGGUUAUUCAGGAUGGAUCAGAAGAGCUUGAUGGUAUGGAAGGUGAUUCAACUACCAAUAUGGAGUGUGAUAAUGUUGCUGACAUCGGUGGGACAAGCAAGAACCUUCCUAGUGGCUGCAGCACAGAUGGCCCUGAAGGAGGGAAUGCAUUAGAGGAAAGAAAUGAAUGGACAAGGAGUUCACAGCCAGCAUCGACAUCUGGAAUGUCACUCAGAUGUGCAGCAUUCAAAGAAGAUAUUAAUGCUGGAAUAAUUGAUGGCAAUGCUGUCCAAGUUUCAUUUGAUGACUUCCCUUAUUAUCUAAGUGAAAAUACAAAAAAUGUGCUGAUUGCUGCGUCCUACAUACAUUUAAAGCAUAGAGAGCAUGCAAAAUAUGCCUCUGAACUGCCUACUGUUAAUCCAAGGAUUUUACUCUCAGGCCCAGCUGGUUCUGAGAUAUAUCAGGAGAUGCUGGCAAAGGCGUUAGCCAAUUAUUUUGGGGCUAAACUCCUCAUAUUUGACAGCCAUGCCUUUUUGGGUGGCUUGUCAGCAAAAGAGGCAGAGCUUCUGAAGGAUGGGCUCAAUGCUGAGAAAACAACCGGCUCUACAAAGAAAAUCUCUGGUUCAGUGGAACUAGAUAAGAGUGCAUGUCCAGUUGGUGACGCAGAUGCUCCCAGUUCUUCUAAUUUACAUUCAUCUCAAGUCGAUGCUCAUCCCAAGCUAGAAUUUACACCCUUCUUUUCCAGCUCAUCUAAAAAUCACACUUUUAAAGUGGGUGACAGAGUGAGAUAUAUCGGUUCAGCUUCGAUUGGUUUAUAUUCAUCAGCAUCUCCUUCAAGGGGUCCAAGUUUUGGUAUGCGUGGCAAAGUUGUUUUACCUUUCGAAGAUAAUCCACUUUCAAAAAUUGGUGUAAGGUUUGACAAAUCAAUUCCAGCUGGUGUUGAUCUUGGAAGCGUAUGUGAACCAGAUCAUGGUUUCUUUUGCAAUGUCCACGAUCUGCGUUUGGAGAACACCAGCAUGGAUGACCUGGAUAAAUUAUUGAUUAAUACACUAUUUGAGGCCAUAUCAAAUGAGAGCAGAAAUUGCCCUUUCAUUUUAUUUAUCAAAGAUGCGGAGAAGUCAAUUGUGGGAAACUCGGAAUCAUAUUCAACCUUCAAAACCAGGCUGGAGAAGCUUCCUGAUAAUGUUGUUGUAAUUGGCUCUCAUACUCAGAAUGACAACCGCAAAGAGAAGGCACAUCCUGGUGGUUUAUUCUUCACAAAGUUUGGCAGCAAUCAAACUGCUCUCUUGGACUUGGCUUUCCCCGAUAGUUUUGGAAGAUUACAUGAUAAAGGGAAAGAUGUUUCCCGAGCAAUGAAGGCUCUUACAAAGCUUUUUCCAAAUAAAGUUGUCAUUCAUUUGCCUCAGGAUGAAACUCUUCUUGCUAGUUGGAAAAAUCAAUUAGAACGAGAUGUUGAAACUCUUAAAAUGAAGAGUAAUUUGGGUCACCUGCGUACUGUUUUGAGUCGUAAUGGCUUGGAGUGUGAAAGACUGGAGACAUCAUGUGUUAAGGAUCUGACGCUUUCGAAUGAGAGUGCUGAGAAGGUAGUCGGAUGGGCUCUAAGCCAUCAUUUGAUGCAAAGUUUUCAAGCUGAGUCUGAUGCAAAGCUUGUUUUGUCUAUUGAGAGCAUCAAGUAUGGUAUUGAUGUACUACAAGCUAUCCAAAAUGAGUCCAAAAGCUUAAAGAAGUCACUUAAGGAUGUUGUGACAGAAAAUGACUUUGAGAAGCGGCUCCUCGCAGAUGUUAUUCCACCCUCUGACAUUGGAGUGACAUUUGAUGACAUUGGAGCUCUUGAAAAUGUAAAAGACACACUAAAGGAAUUAGUAAUGCUUCCUUUACAGAGGCCUGAACUUUUUUGCAAGGGGCAUUUAACCAAGCCUUGCAAGGGUAUUCUUUUGUUUGGCCCUCCUGGUACUGGGAAGACAAUGCUUGCAAAGGCUGUGGCCACUGAAGCUGGUGCGAACUUCAUAAAUAUAUCAAUGUCAAGCAUUACUUCUAAGUGGUUUGGUGAGGGUGAAAAGUAUGUGAAGGCUGUUUUCUCACUUGCAAGUAAAAUUGCUCCCAGUGUUGUAUUUGUAGACGAAGUUGAUAGCAUGUUAGGGCGUAGGGAAAAUCCUGGAGAACAUGAGGCUAUGCGUAAGAUGAAAAAUGAAUUUAUGGUGAACUGGGAUGGCUUGCGGACCAAAGAUACAGAGCGAGUACUGGUACUUGCGGCCACAAACAGACCUUUUGACCUUGAUGAAGCUGUCAUCCGGAGGCUUCCUCGUAGGCUGAUGGUUAACUUACCUGAUGCUCCAAAUAGAGCAAAGAUUAUAAAAGUAAUAUUGGCAAAAGAGGAUUUGUCCCCCGAUGUUGAUUUUGAUGCAAUUGCCAAUAUGACUGAUGGAUACUCUGGGAGUGACCUUAAGAACCUUUGUGUGGCUGCUGCUCAUCGUCCUAUCAGAGAAAUACUGGAAAAGGAAAAAAAGGAGCGCGCAGCAGCUUUGGCAGAAAGCAAAUCUCUUCCGCCUUUGAAUAGUAGCUCUGACAUUCGUCCUCUGAAUUUGGAUGAUUUCAGACGAGCACAUGAGCAGGUUUGUGCUAGUGUAUCAUCCGAGAGUGUUAAUAUGACUGAGCUUCAGCAAUGGAACGAACUAUAUGGCGAGGGUGGUUCAAGGCGGAAGAAGGCACUCAGCUAUUUCAUGUGAAUUUUUGUGUAUAUACAAAGGUUCCCCCUCCCAUCUAUUUUAAAUCUCUAGCUCACAAGCUCUCAGUCAGAAGCAAAUUAAUGCUGUGUCUGGGCAGUUGAAGCCAUCUUAUAUUUUCUUGUGAAUUAUAGCCUUCUUUUAAGUUAUAAUUUUGGCCCUGACCUUGAGUUAUUCUUGGGAUAUCUGUAUAAAGAGGGACGGUGCCUAUUGAAGUCUCGGCGCUUUGCUUCCCUUUGUUUCAUUCUUCUCCCCAUAAUGUUUCCUGUAUCAUUUAGAAUCUCUUAGGGUGCAAGUUACUGAAGCUAAGAAACUGAGGAAGAAAAUUAGAAAAUGAGUAUAUGCUAGAAGUUGACCACAUUCUUCAUUGUUACAACCUAAUGAUAAUGCUUCUGAAAUUUUUAUUUUUAUCUUUCUGAUAAAUCUCGAGUUUAAAAAUAUCCUUAUUUUAAGUGAUAGCUAA